UCGGUGUGCUGGGACCGGCGUUGGUGUGUUUUUACUGACCUGAAGUGCGAGGCGGAAAUAGAAUGGGGAGAUUCAUAACGGUAUAACAUCAAAUUUGCAUUUAUCUACGGCUGGAAGCAGUUGUGCAUGAAAAAGGUGACUGCAGUGAUUCCCUUAAAAAAUAUUGCGAGUAGCGUCGAAGUGCUUUUUGGGGUAGUCUUCGAUUGGUUUGUGGUGAUUUAUGCAUGUGGGGUAAGUGGGCGGUGUUUUGAACGGUAACAGUAAAGGAAUAAUGAAACCAAGUAAGUGUGAGCCGUUGCGUGACACUGUGGCCGUUACCUGCAGGCACUGAGCUGUCUACUGUUCUGUCGACCUACUUUUAAGUUGCGCGUAAUCUCAGUGCAUUGUUGAAUUCGAAAAAUAACCUUCUAUUUAUAUGUGAGUGUGUGUAUAUAAUGUUGUCCUGAUUUAAACGAAAGUCAGGAGGCAGUGAUUUGUUUUCACAUUCGCGCCCUUAGUGAAUUAUUUAUAAUAGUGAAAACACGAAAAUAUAACUCCCAGUGUUGCCAACUGCAACCGUUAAGUUCGUCGUAAGAAUAGUCAACCUGAAAGGAUUGAGUGUAGUGGAAAACACCGAUCUUCAAAUUAAUGGCUUAUCAUAUGCGAGUCCGUACUACAAUAGUGAAUUUUUAAGAAAGUUUUCAGGUUUGUUAGGCUUUCGGUGCAUCCUCUAUCGACAUCAACAAAAAUUGUUAGAAUACAACGAUUUCGUCAGUGCACGUGAACGUGUAAAAUACUAAGAAAUGGAAGAUCUACUAAAUUCGGCAUAUUAUACAUGUGUCGAUAUCUUAUACUGUGGUGGAGCUGAAGGCGAAUCUCAUAUAAAAUGUGAUUAUUGGGACAACGUGUUUGUACAACGAAGGUAUAUUGCCUGUUUACACCAUUGCGCAGAAGGACACAUUCAGGCGAAAUCAGCAUAGUGAGGAAGUAUGGGUGAAGUUAUGGUAACCAUUAUCUGGAGAAUAAAGGAGAAUUUGCAAGAAAUAGCCUCGCAUAGAUAUUUCCAAAGCGAAAAACGAAAAUGAAAUUUUUCACGCAAGAACUGAUUCUAUGUUUCUAUGCAAUAAGUCUGCACGUAUUCAGUGUUUAUGUUCAUGGUGAUUGGCUCGUGUGCGGCGGUUGUAAAUGCAAAUGGAACUCUGGCAAGAAAACCGGUGAUUGCCGCAAUAUUUCUUUAGAAAUUGUACCUGACUAUCUUAGCUCUGAGUUACAAGUAUUGGAUCUUUCGUUUAACCGAAUUACUGUCAUUGAAGAGGAUGCUUUCCUGAAAAGCGGCCUUCAGAACCUCCACAAGCUAUUCAUACGAAAUUGCUCAUUAGAAUUAAUUCUUCCAAAGGGAUUGCGAGGUCUGGAAAUUCUAAUAGAAUUAGACCUGUCGAAUAAUCCAAUGAAAACCCUUUCGCCGGACGUUUUCGUCAGUUUAGUGAAAUUACGCUCAUUAAUUUUGAAUAAUAAUGCGAUAGAAACGCUAGAGAAUGGACUUUUUCGGAAUUUAGAAUAUUUGAAGAAAGUGGAGCUGCGGGAGAAUCGUAUUGUUGCGAUUGGAACUGAUGUGUUCGUGAAUGUGCCGGUGCUAUCGCAAAUUUUCUUAAGUGGUAAUCAACUGAGCUUCCUUCAUAAGGAAACGUUCGCGAGGCUUGCCCAUCUACAGAGUCUCUCACUCGAACUUAAUCCCUGGAACUGCACGUGCGAGCUGCAAGGUUUUCGUGAGUUUGUUCUCAGGCGGAACCUGUACACACCCCCCACUUCCUGUCACGAACCGCCUCAAUUGCGGGGGAUGCUCUGGAACGACAACCAAACCAUUCCAUUCGCAUGUAAACCCCACAUCUUUUAUCCACCCCGCGGUACCUCUAUCAACACAUCGAAGGAAAACGUGACACUUACAUGCCGUGUACAUACAUCUCCUUCUACUCUAAUCAAUUGGGAGUAUAACAAACAGAUUUAUUUAGGUAAUUAUCAGCGCGUCCACAUUCAGUCGAUAAGAGAUGAAAAACGUUUUAACGCCUCUGACCGAGAGUUCGGACAGGAGAUGGUCACGUCCCGUUUAACCAUAGUGGGUGCAGAGAAAAGUGAUGAGGGCUACUACGCGUGUGUAGCCUUCAACUCGGCAGGCAGGGAUGAAGUUGAAAUGCGGCUGUUGGUCGAGAAGCACAACCAUCAAAACAUUCUAAUCCAAAAUAAUCUCAUUAUUGUGAUAUGUCUCAUGGUCCUGGGACUUCUGUCUGCAUCCAUUUUCCUGGCUAUGAUAACGUGCUGUAUAUAUAAGAAAUUUCGAGCAAUAAAUCACCGGGCAGCCGAAGAACAGCAGCUUCAGCAAAAGCGAAAUUUUGGGGGUUUGAACGUCGUCAAUGCCGUCAAUGAGCCGUAUCACCCUGUUGGAGCUAGCAGCGAUGUGAACUAUAUGGAAAUCAAAGCAACGAAGUUGGAACCAGAGCACAUACGAAACGGAGAUGUCGGAAGUGCGGUGGUGGGCAACAUGAAGGAUUUCGCAAAUUUGGAAUCAUCACGGGAAUACUACCAUGGGAACAGUGGUCAAGGUCCAGUCCAUCAUCAAUCAAUACAGUUUGCUACAGAGGCUUUAUCAAAUCAUCAAAAGAGCAUCCUGGAUUCUAAUUCUAGCGACUAUCAACCUGAUUUGCUGCCAUAUAUGCCACAAUCGAUAUCGUUAAAUAGCUCCAAAUUAGCCAACCAUGCCAUCAGUCCUAAUUCACCACCUUUAGUAAAUUCAACGGGCGUAUGUGAUAACCAACAUUCAAGGGCUUACUACCAUUACCAGCAUCAUUUUGCUCACGUCUAUCCUUUACAAUUUCAACAAAAACAAGGGAAAGGCUUCGAGGAAAAUCAACAACAUAGAAUGGGGAUAAAACCGCACCAACCUCAACCUAACCUAAAGGAAGAUGAAAUUACCGAUACAAAUACAAAGUAUGGGAAGAAUUUGUUGAAGAAUCCAAAGACUGGCCAACAGUUGUCAUAUAGUUUCGAGGAAACUCCUCGAAAUAAGCGGACAACGUUAACUCCAGCGAACAAUGCAACGAUGACUGUUAAUAAAACACGACAUUACGAAGGGGUGUUUCUUCCCUUUGACCAUAAUAGCGUUUCGAAGAGCUCCAUAGUUAGAACUUCCCCCUCGUUAAAUUUUCUAUCAAACCACCAACAUCCGAGGCAAGAACUUCUGUGAUAACAGUGCGAUAUUGGUUCGGAACGGUUGUGCAUUGUUGAUAAAGCCUUGAUUGCAUAAGCAUUCCUGCUGUCUAUCGACUUUCUUUUUUUCCAGAACGGACCUACGCACUUUGGGGGAAUGAUUAAUAUAAAAAACGAAACCACCCUGAAUGAAGCUGAAGAAGGAAAAUAUGGUGGAGAAACGAACGUCUUUGCUGCAAUGGUGCUCUUUCUAUUCUACUUACAUAUAUAGAACGUAAAUGAAAACUACCGAACCUAUACAAAAAUGUCUAAGGAUCUAGGCUCAGCUCCUAUAAGGUCUAAAUUCUUCUUCCAGACGAAAGUGAGUUCAGGGCAUUUUUUAUGAAUUCCUCCUGCGGAAUAUCCCUCAUGUAAUUCAGCGUAUAAAUAGAAAGUAACGUGUGAUCGACUUUUAGUCGACUCUCCAUGCUUGAGUGCUGAAUAUGGUUGACAGUAGUUAUUGCAUAAAUUAUAAUUACGAACAUGAUUUUUUCCUUUGACUAUUUUAAAAUUGUUUGAAAUUUUAUAAUCAGUACAUAAUUUUGUCCUCCUUUAUUUUU